AUGCUCCCUCAGGCUAGAACACUGUGGUAUCAUGUGCUUCACAAGAAACUGUCCACUGCUUCCGAACUUUUCAAGAUUGGUACUGUCUCUACUCCUGUCUGUCGUCUGUGCAAAUCACAACCGGAAUUGUAUGAUCAUUUCAUAGCCCACUGCUCUACCAAGUGGAGUGUUUGGUUGGAAAUACUGAACUGCUACUACCCUCUGGUAUACUUUAUUCCUUCCUCCCUCUACAAGAUCCCCGCUCUUCAAGCCUUUCCCCCUGUCAUUACAAACCGCUCCAAGCUUGUAUCCAUCGUUGCAAUAGCUCAAUGGAAUAUCUGGAAAUCCUAUUGGAACCUGAUUCUCAACCAGGUUGCUUUUGAACAUUCUUUUGACGAAGGCGUGGCUGAAGCGAGGCGGGUCACCAUGCCCGAAGUGUUGGAUGUCAUUGUUGACGAAGACUUACAUAUUACUAAAGACAAUGCUGUAAAUUUUUUCUUAGUUGACGAAGGCAUGGCUGAAGCGAGGCGGGUCACCAUGCCCGAAGUGUUGGAUGUCAUUGUCGACGAAGACUUACAUAUUACUAAAGAUAAUGUCACACAAGCUUUAAUGACUCGCUUUACUUAUGAUAAGGGAUGA